UCUCUCUCUCCCCCCGUCGAUCUCGAAAAGGAGUAACCUUGUUUUCUUCCACCUUCCAGUUCGCACAUCUCUCUCUCUCUCUCUCUCUCUCUCUCUCUCUCUCUGCAAUCUUCGACAACCUUCACUUCACUGAUUCGCCACCGGCGAUGGGCCACCGGAAGCUCCUCCACGCCGAAGCCCCCUCGGGCAACCCGCCCGCGAACCAAACCGCCUCCUGCCUGACCUCCUGCGACCCUGCCUGCCCCUACGGCUGCCCAGAAUUCUACUUCUCCCCCCCGCCGCCCUACUGGCCUCCGCCUCCGUCCGUCCUACCCCACGACGGCGGCUCAGGAUCCACCCGCUUCCCCCCCGCCGUGAUCGUCGUCGUCGCCUUACUGGGCGGCGUCUUCCUCCUCGUCAGCUACUACGUCAUCAUAGCCAAGACCUGCCUCCUCCGCCGCCGGCGGACCCGAUCUCGCGACCCCCCGCCCUUGGACGGUGUGGGAGGAGGGGGAGGGGGCGACGGCGACGGCGAGUUCGGCAACGAGAACCGCGUGGAUCACCCAAUAUGGUACAUCCGGACGGUGGGGCUGAGCCCGGCGGCGAUAGGCUCGAUCGCGGUGUGCGAGUACCGUAAGGGCGAGGGACUGGUCGAAGGGAGCGACUGCACGGUGUGCCUGACCGAGUUCAGUGACGGCGAGACGCUGAGGGUUUUGCCCAAGUGCGGCCACGCGUUCCACGUCCCCUGCAUCGACAUGUGGCUGAGUUCGCACACCAACUGCCCCCUCUGCCGCGGGGCGAUCUUCGGCCCCAUCCCUCUCCCCCUCCCGCCUCCCUCCCGCCUCUCUCAGCCUCUCGACGGCGACGGCGAUCGCGCGGUGGGGGCUGUCGUCAGCGGAGGCGAAAACAGCCACCGAGCAGGAGCAGAGGAAGGGGUUGAAUCUGGAGAAUCUAAUAGCGAUGGCCUGUCGAAGGAGAUUGGCGAGGUGAACGGUCAGGACGGCCAAUUGGGUGUGGUGGCAGAGGAGGCGGAGGAGGAGGAGGAGGAAGAGGAAGAGGAAGAAGGGGCUGUUCCGGUGAGAAGGUCGGUUUCAGUGGAUUCUCCAUUUCUGGUAAUCGAACUGCACGGAGGUUCGGAACCGCAAUCCUCCGAUGCGAACACAACCGAGUCAAGUAUGAUCGGCAAUUCCUCGGCGGAUCGUCCCAACGCGAGCUCUCACUCUGCAGCAAGGUCGCUCUCAUGGAGCGGGAGGUUUUUCAUGCCGCGACACAACAAUAACAGUCGGACAUCAUCAAACUCGACUCUUCCCCGGUAAUCUCAACCGAUUCCCCGAUAUUUAUCUUUCUGGGUUUUCUCAAGUUCAAUUGGGGGAGCACAGAGAUAUCCGCAACAGUGUCAAGAAUGGUGGGUACGUCCAUGAUCAAGCCACGAGAAGCUCGGCUGAGAGAAAUGGCCCAGUUUCUCCAAUCCAAUGCCAGGGGUUUUGCUCUGUAGUGCGUCGAGAACGAAAGAGAAAGUGUGAAUGCAUUUUACUUAUGGCUAUACGAUGAUUAAAGAGAUGGAAACGGACAAAGUAAACAUGUUAAUCCUGUCUGUCUCUUGCCUUCACUCCCCGCGAAGAAGAGAAAGUUUCAAAUUUUUGCUUUGCGUUCAUGUCUCUUUCUCGGUAAUAUGGUGAGCUUUUCCCGGUUUUUCCAGAGAAUUUUUCAGAGUCCAUGGAAGGGAAAACCGAUCAGAGAAAGCAAUGCUUUAAACCCCCCCUAAUCCAGUGCUUUAAAUGACCAUUAUAGGUUAAUUUGAUUUUAGUGAUGUUUGGAAGAUUUCUGCUCUGAUCGGGAAAUGUGUCAUUUCU